AUGCAAGACGAAAUCAACCCAGUAGUAGUAGACCCUGUACGCCGCGCGACUUCCGCACUGCCCCUGACCCAACGUAGAUUGGUGGUAGAAAUGUACAACAAGAGGGGGCCCAAUGCGCCUCUAGGCUCCCGUGGCCGCCGCGCCAACACCGGCUGA